AACCCCAAACGCCCUCUGAUUGCGGUGCGGAGGGACAUCAGAUGGCGGCCUCCAACACCACCAAGAAGGGCGGCGGCGGCGGCGGCCCGGCGAUCGGCAUCGACCUCGGGACGACCUACUCGUGCGUGGCCGUGAGGCGGCGCUACCGCAGCGAGGCCAUCACCAACGACCAGGGCAACCGCAUCACCCCCUCCUGCGUCGCCUUCACCGCCGCCGACCGGUUCGUCGGCGACGCCGCCGAGAAUCAGGCCGCGCUCAACCCCACCAACACCAUCUUCGAAGUGAAGCGACUGAUCGGCCGCCGGUUCAGCGAUAAGUCUGUACAAGAGGACAUCAAGCUUUGGCCUUUCAAAGUCAUUGCUGGCCGUGACGACCGGCCAACGAUCGUGGUCCGCCAUGAGGGCAAGGAGAAGCAGUUCGUCCCCGAGGAGAUCUCCGCCAUGGUGCUCUCCAAGCUGAGGGACGCCGCCGUGGCCUACCUCGGCGAGCCGGUCACGGACGCCGUCAUCACCGUCCCCGUCUACUUCAACAACGCCCAGCGCGAGGCCACCCUCGACGCCGCCACCAUCGCUGGCCUCAACGUCAUGCGCAUCAUCAACGAGCCCUCCGCCGCCGCCCUCGCCUAUGGCCUCGACAAGAUGCCGCCGGCCAGCGGCGGUGCAGGGAGGAUGGUGCUCAUCUUUGAUCUUGGUGGCGGCACCCUGGAUGUCUCCCUCCUUAACAUUGGUCGUCCGGGCAACAACAACAGCAGCGACAGCGGCAGCUUCGAGUUCGAGGUGAAGGCCGUCGCCGGCGACACUCACCUCGGCGGCGCCGACUUCAACAACGCGAUUGUGAAGCACUGCAUCAACGAGUUCAUCAGGAAGCACGGCGUGGCAGCAGAAGGCAUCUGGAGCAACCAGAAGGCGAUCAGGAGGCUGAGGACCGCGUGCGAGAGAGCCAAGAGGAUGCUGUCUUUCACGACGCUUGCCAGCAUCGAGGUCGACUCGCUUCACGACGGCAUCGACUUCUGCGGCAAGAUGAGCCGGUCCCGGUUCGAGGAGCUGAACAAGGAGCUCUUCGGCAAGUGCGUCAAGGCCGUGAAGAAGUGCCUCGAGGACGCCAAGAUGGACAAGAACGCCGUGGACGACGUCGUGCUCGUGGGCGGCUCCAGCCGCAUCCCCAAGCUGCAGAGCAUGAUCCACGACUUCUUCGACGAGAAAAAGCUCCGCAGGAACGUCAACCCCGACGAGGCCGUCGCGUACGGCGCCGCCAUCCAGGCCUCCGUCCUCAACGGCGACGCCGACGAAGCCGACGACAAGAAGCAGGUGAUGAUCCUGCGCGACAUCACGCCCCUCUCGCUGGGGAUCGAGGUCGGUCUCGAUCACACGAUGAGCGUCGUGAUCCCGAGGAACACCUUCAUCCCGACCAAGAACGUGCGGCGUUACUCCACCAUAUUCGACAAUCAGAUCGCCGUGAGCAUCAAUGUGUUCGAAGGAGAGAGCGCGAGCAUCCUCCGCAACAACCUGCUCGGCAAGUUUGUGCUGUCCGGCAUCCUCCCGGCGCCCAGGGGAGUGCCCCAGAUCGACGUCACGUUCGAGUUCGACGCCAAUGGCGUCCUGCACGUGUCCGCGAAGGACAUGGGCACUGGGAGCAAGAACAACAUCGCCAUUACCAACCACAGCGGCCGGCUGAAGAAGGAGGACGUCGAACGCAUGGCGCGGGAGGCCAGGAGCUACAACAGGACCAGAUCAUCUCUAGCGAUAACUUCUGGGAACCUGGUGAUCUUUCAAUGAUGUUCUGCUUCUGCACCUGCUUGCUGGAUGUCUUACAUCUGCCCAUCGAACUGAUUUCAAUGACGGGGAAAAGUUUGUGCUACUAAAUUUUUUUGCUAAAACUAAUCUAGGUCUAGUGACUACUUAUCUAAAUGAGCUAAUGCGGAAGAUGAUGGCAUACUGACGUGUGUUUGAUGGAGCCAUAAUUAAUCUUAAGUCGCAUUUGGCGUUUGUA